UCAAUACAAAGGACUAAUAUCCUCUGACUAGUCAAUUUUCAUUGACUUUUCUUUAAGCUCACAUAAGAUUAUCAUUUUCUUGGCGACCUUAUUCUUGUUAGUUACUAUCUCUCAACACUUCAGAUUGUAAGAGUUGGUUGUUCCGAAAUUAUAGAAAUGAUUUGAGUCGGUGUAAAAAUUCAAGGUUUCCAAGAGAUAUAUAUAUAUGUAUGAUUUUUGUUAUUAAACGCACAUAUAAAAAAUCUUAAGAGAUGGGGCUAAUGGCAACAUUAAAGCAGUCCACUGUGAUUCAUCUAAUGUUUGCUACAACAUUUUUUACAUCGGGUUUGAUAAUCAAUUUCUUCCAGUGCUUUUUGUACUUUGGCCUUAGACCUUUUUCCAGAUAUUUUUACCGGAAAAUUAACUAUUAUCUCUGUUAUUCUUUUUAUAGCCAGUUAGUAUUUGUGGCAGAAUGGUGGUCUGGAUCGGAUGCAGUUAUAUACAUAGAUAAAGAAGAGUUUGAUAAAUAUUAUGGAAAAGAACAUGCUUAUUUAUUAAUGAACCACAGCUAUGAAAUAGAUUGGCUGUUUGGCUGGGUUUUCUGUGAGCGUGUUGGAGUACUUGGUAAUUGUAAAGCAUAUGCAAAGAAAUCAUUACAAUAUAUUCCAACAUUAGGUUGGGCAUGGAAAUUUGCUGAAUGUAUAUUCUUAGAAAGAAACUGGAAUAAAGAUAAACAAAUAAUCGCUUCUCAGAUUAAAGAACUUGCUGAAUAUCCUGACAGUAUAUGGCUACUUUUGUAUCCUGAAGGAACACGUUUCACGCCACAAAAGUUAGUGGCCAGUCAGAAGUUUGCCCAAGAAAAGGGUCUUCCAGUAUUGAAGUACCAUUUAACCCCCCGCAUAAAAGGCUUCACGGCUAGUAUACCAUACAUGCGUGGUAAAAAUACCGCGAUAUAUGAUAUACAAAUACAUUUUAAACCGGACGACCCAGUAAAACCAACAAUUACGAAUUUGUUACUGGGAAAACGAGUCGAGGCACAUCUGCAUAUGCGAAGAAUUGCAUUGGAGGAGGUACCAGAAGACGAGGAGGCUGCAGCAGAAUGGUUAUAUAAGCUAUAUCAGAGAAAAGAUCGUUUGGCAGAGAGUUUUAUGCAAACGGGUGAUCUUUUCGCAACCAGUGGUGUACCUAGACCAGAUCAGUUCAGACUGAAAAGAAGGUAUUAUACGUUAAUCAAUACGAUUGGUUGGGCAGUGGUAGUUUUAGUACCAGUGCUUUAUUAUUUGGUUAAUCUAUUCUUAUCUGGAUCAACCAUUUAUUUCUCCAUUGGCGUGGGCAUUAUUUUUGUGUUUUAUUUAUUAAUGCAGAAAACAAUAGGAAUGUCUGAAAUAAGUAAGAGUUCGUCUUAUGGAACCGAUGAUAAAAAAUCAAAAUAAGAAAAUAAAGAGAAUAUAUUGGUAAAUCUUUAGAGGCUAUUGUCACACAAAUAUAUAAUUAUCUUCUCCUCGUGAUUUUUUCUUCGUGAAAGUCACUGCGUGGAACAUAUUUCCAGAGAUUUGAGAAAGUAUUUGUUUUAAUUCUGUUGGAUAAUGUAUUAAAAUCAGACAGCUGUAUUAUAGUAUCAGUAUGACUAUAAUUUAUAUUAUAUUUACAAGUCAAUUUUGGAGAAGGAAUAUUUUUGGUUUGGUAAAUUGGAUAUUUUAGGAAAUCAUAGGUUUUUGUUAUAACGAUGGUGGUUGUAUUAAAUGAAUUAUUUCUAUUUUUUAAUGAUGAUGUUUCAAUGAAAUUUCUGGCGAUUUAUUAAAGUUUCAUUUAAUAAAAAAAAAAUAAAUAAAGUUUACAUUUUUGGAAUGUAAAAGUAGCAGUUUUAAAGAAAUGCAAACAUUUUAGAUGAAAUGAAAAUAUUUUCAAACUAUUUAGUUAGUUUACAAUCAUGUACAUUUUAUAAAAGUGAUUCUUCAAUAGUGCACAAAUAUUAAUUAAAGGUUGUUAUAAAUAGUUUUCUAAAAUAUGCAUUUUAAUUUAAUAUUUUUAUUCAAGUAGCUUUGGAGGUGGUUGUAUUUUAAGUAUAAUAUUAUGUGUACAUAUUAUGUGGAAUAGGUCUUUCUUUACAGUUUUGUUAUUACCAAUGUAUUUACUAUUUACUUAGUGUCAUUGGUGAAACUAGGCAGGGAUGGGUCUGGCCUCUCAAAAAUGUGGACUGGGACCUUCACUUGUAUAAGGUUCAGAGAUUCUAAGAUCAUAAAAUUCUGAGUUUGUUAAUAAAGCUGACGAACUAAGGGAUUUGACCCGCCUCAGAAAAAAAUCCUAGUUACACCAAUUUGUAUCAAUAUUUUUAUUUUCGUAUAUAGAUGUUGUUACUGUUAAAUAAAUAUUUUAACCCA